CCCCACAGCAGGGUAGGGCUGAGAGCUCACUUAGGCGGAGUCUGGUCUGCGGCGGCAACUGACACUAUGACUGAGAAGAGGGCUGGAGCAGCACCCGCCUACAGCCUCCUGCUGCUGCGCCUUUCGAAACAACGGCUCUUGCCCCUGCCGCGGCCGCUGCUAACUACAAAGGCAAUUUAAAGUAGCCAGAGGGCAGCACGGGAGCCGCUGGGUCCUCCCAGCUACUCUGCAGCCUCCUGAACCACUCCCACCCCGACAUGUGGGGGUCCGAACCGGCCGCGCCGCCUGAGCCAAACAACACGGACACUUGGACCACUGAGGAGGAGGGCGUGUCAGUGGCCUACCCGCUGGUCAUGAUGAUCACUGGAGUCCUGGGUAACGCUCUCUCGUUGCUGCUGGUUUCCCGGAGCUACCAUCACAAGGAAAGCAAGGGCAAGAAAUCCUUCCUGCUCUGCAUUGGAGGACUGGCGCUCACGGAACUGUCCGGGAAGCUGCUUACCAGCCCCGUAGUCAUUGCAGUCUACCUGUCCAGGAAGCCCUGGCAGCAACUCGACCCAUCGGGCCACCUGUGCAACUUUUUCGGCCUGACCAUGACAGUGGUCGGCAUUUGCACCCUCUUCAUCUCCAGCACCAUGGCAGUCGAAAGGAUGCUGGCUAUCCGUGCGCCACACUGGUACUCCAUCCACCUGAAGACACGAGACACCGGGACAGUGCUGCUGUCAGUGUGGCUGGCGGGGUUCACUUUUGCCCUGCUGCCAAUGGCCAGCGUUGGCCAUUACACCAUCCAGUGGCCUGGGACGUGGUGCUUCAUCAGCAUAGAUGAGCAGGGCGCCAACGCAACGGGCUCGGUGUACAAUCUGGCCAACGUCUUCUUUGCCUCCACUUAUGCCUUUUUGGGACUCACGGCUCUGGUGGUCACCUUCGUCUGCACCCUGGCAACGAUCAAGGCGCUUGUGUCCCGCUGCCGAACUAAGGCCACAGCGACCCAGGAGGACACGCAUUGGGUCAGGAUCACCACCGAGACAGUCAUCCAGCUCAUGGGAAUCGUGUGUGUCAUCUCUGCGUGCUGGUCUCCUUUGUUGAUUAUGAUGUUGAAAAUCAUCUUCAACCAGACCUCGAUGGAACACUGCAAGGUGUUGAACUCCCAAGUGGAAAGACCGAAGGAAUGUGACCUCUUCUUGAUAGCCAUCAGGCUGGCUUCCCUAAAUCAGAUCUUGGACCCCUGGGUUUAUCUGCUGCUGAGAAAAAUGCUCCUCUGUCGUAACACUGUUUCCAACUGCUCUCCCCAUGGACAGAAAGAGCAGUUUCUCUCCUUGUCUGAAAAGAUCAAAGAGACAGGAGUUUAGAAUAGACUAUUUGAGCUGUUCCCAUGCUAACUGCUUUUGACAAAGAGUAGUCUUAAACCUUACUGUGAAUUGUGGCCCUCUGUGGCAUGCCAUUUAUGCAUCCAAGUGGAAUGAAUUUUUUGACAUCAGACCUUAUAGGUCCUAAAAUGACCUUAAAAGACCCAAUGAUACCCCUGAGUGCCAAAAACAGACUACCUUCAAAUACAAACAAAUGGAAAUAUAUCUUCAGCAAAAAGGAGGUAGGGGUGAGUGUAAGAGUUUUGGUUUUGGUUUUUGAUUUUUUACCUUUCAAAACUGUGUAGUGUUUGCUAAUAAAAGUCUUGAAAUCUAGUCUUUGGAGGAUUAAAGAUAUCAUAGCAAUAACAGAUCCAAAGAAGUGUUUAAAAGAUAUUCUACCUGUAAUGCAAACACUUUUCAGAGCGAAGAGAAGACAAACUGUAGGAGGAUAUUUCCAUCUUACUAAAUCUAAUCUAAUAACUUUGGUCUAAUUUUUCUCCUCUUGUAAGAGGGGAAAUUAAUUUCAAUAGGACAUCUGCAUACUGAGAGAUAGUUUGGCAGUCAGUUUCAGUCCAGAAAACUAAUGUUUUUCAUGCAAAGUGGUCUUUACAAAUUUACUGAAUUAAAAAAAAAAUCCUUAAAAUUUGAAGAUGUCUAGUAUUUUAAAGGAGUCCUUGCAUAAGACAAUAAAUUUCCAACUCAUUUCCAAAUGUGAAAUGGAGCCCAGUACUGACUCUUAAUAUGGAUCUGCAGACUUCGUACUACCUUCACCUUCAUUGGCCUGACACUCACCCUGAGAAGAAUUUUUUUUUAAAUGGCUUCAAAGCCCCUCCGAAAUGGCAAUAAUACAGCAAAACCACAAGUGAACAAAUGACUGUGUUGCUGUGUGGUGUAAAAAUGGGUCUCCUUCAGAAUCUGGUUGAUGUGGAAAUAAGGACCUUGGUAAAAAUCAGGUUGCUCCUGUAAGGACUGAGAAGUAUCUAUCCAACUGGAUCCUGUAACUGUCUGAUUUAAGCUCCUUUCUUGAACACUUCCCUUGUCUGGGCUAUUGAUGCUGCUUCUGGCACUACAAAGUGCUACCACCACUGUCACUGCUUGAAGACUACAUCCCAGGCAUCCUGAAAAACAGGGUUUCUGCUACUCCAUUUGAUUUGGGGAGGUGACUGUCAUCUUUAUUCCUAUCCUCCUUUUCCUGGAGCUGAGGUGUUCUCACAAGACAGCUGAUGGAGGAGGGAUAUGACACCUUUCCUGGAGGGCAGGUUGAUGGAGAGGUCCUGUGGUCUCAUCCCUUGAAACUGCCCUCUUCAGUGCCUUCAGUGUAGAGUACCUCUCCACCAGACUGGUAUCACCACAACAGGGUUGAAUGACAAUACUACCCUAGGAAAAAGUUGAGAAAUACUGAGGCUUCUUGAAUCUGCUGAGACUAAGGAUUUUAAGUGACACUUCUCAGCAUCCUGUUGCUAGCAUUGUCUCACCCUCUCCCUCUCAAAGAAUCACUUUCCUCUGCAUUUUUUUCUGUUCCUUAUAUUUUAAUUAACAGUAAUACCAGGUAGAUAAAAGAUAGUCCUUCAUUGAUCCUACUCAUGUGCCUCCUGUUUUAAUGAAGAGAAAGAAUGAAAGACUGGCAAUAAAUCUUCCAUGGUAUAUAAAUAUAAAGGGACAGAGAUUUAGAACAUUUUAAUUUCUAUGUCUCUACAAUGCCUAGGAAAAGAAUUGUAUUGCUCUUGUUUUUAAAUAACAACAAAAUUUUCAAGCAGAAUAAUAACCCAGGCAGACCCAGAUUUCCUGUACCUCGACAUAAACAUUGUAAUGUUGAGAGGGUAAAUGUAAAAAAUCUUCAGACAAGUUCACUCCCUUCCUUUUUUCUAAUAACCUACUAUGUUUCUUAAUGAGAGGAAGAGGGAAAGUAUUGAUUAAAGAAAAACCAUACUCUUGAGGCUGACUGAAAGGAGGAGGUAAGGGGGGAAAUGGCUCCAUCCUCAUCAAGGAAAGAGCCAUCCAAGAGCAAAUAGCUAGACUUCUACUAAACUAAAUACUCCAACAUAUAUCCUAUCUACCCUUAAAUUUGCAAUUUAAAAAAAAAACAUAUAUAGCUCAUUGGACUUGGUUUUCUAUUCAAUAUUUACACAUUCAGGAAUUCAUAUUUUCUCCUGAGAUGUGCAUGAAUUAUACUCCAUCUAUGUACUUCAGUAUAGGUUUGGUCAUUAAGUUGUUUGUUUUUUAAGGAAGUUUGUUUUGUCAUGAAAGUCCUCUCAAUUUGGGUUUUUAUCAUCAUUGUACGUAUUGCUUUCUUGAUUCUACUUCACUUUUCAGCACUGUGUAUGUCUUCUCAUGUUUCUUUAUAUCCAUUAUGUUUAUUGUUCCUUACAACUAAGUAUUACUUCACAAAACAUUAUGAAGCAGUAAAGAAUUUAAAAAGUAUUUUAAUGAGGCCCAAUUGAGCAAAACAAUAUUAAGGACAUUUAAAAAUGAAACAGAAAGGUGGACAACAAAUGUGAGGAAUAAAAAAGAUGUGCAAAGAUGUUUACAACAAAUUUUGGGGAUGCUACCUGAGAAAGUGCUACUAAAGAAAACCAAAAUGGCAAAAGCCAAUGGAUGAAAUCAACCAUACAUUAAGUAUUUCCAUGCUGGAACAAAUCUGGAAGAUUUUGAGAGAUCAGUUCCCAUCUGAAAGAAAGGGCACUACCAAAGACAUUAAAAAUAUGACAUGUUAUUAUUGAUCUCCAAAUAGUAACUGAGAAUAUCAAUAAAUCCUCAACUUUAUCAUCUUAGAAAAAUUUUAUUGAUAAUAAUUUAUACAUCCUUGAUCAAAACAUGAACAAACUUUAACAGAUAUUAUUUAAUUACUGACCAUUGCCAAAAAGACUGUAUGAAGGAAUAUAAAGGAUAUCCCAAGAGAGAUAUCUGAAAAGACUGUUCAUUACCUUAAUACUUCAUUCUUUGCCCUAGUACCCUGGCUCAGAAGAAAAAAGUGAGGGGGUACUAGUAAUUUAAUGAGGGCAAGGAAUAAACUAUAGAUAGUCACAUGGUCUAUGAGGGACUAAGGUAUGUCAAGAUAUUUAGAGACAAUCCACAAGGGCAGUGAGUGGACUCAUAAAUGAUGGAUUUAUAGGAAAAUGAGAAUAAAUGAUGCAAAAUGGGUUGACAUAGAUUACGAUCUUUAACACAAAGGUGGAAGAACACUUUCUAAUUAGAUUUUAAUCUUGUUUGGCUGCACUAGGGAAUAUUAUUGCCACAAUGUAGCUGACCUAAAGUUUGAUACAUCUGCCCUAUAGCAUGAUCAUUUUAAUAAAAAUGUUUAUACAUGUGUAUGCAUGUAUUGAUGAAGAAAGUAAAUUAUUUAAUGUUUCAUUCAAAUUUCUCUAUAUGUUGGUCAAUGGUCAACUCCAUUCUUUGCAACAUUCAUUUCAUCUAUACUGUCUUUUUUAUUUAUUUUUAUGUUAGACUUGUCUGAAAGGUAAAGGAAAGGUAAAGGAAAGGUAGUUUCUUAAUGACAGUUUAAAUAACUUGCUGGCAAGUGCCUAAAUACUUUAGUCAGCUGGUGGCAUAAUGCAUAGAAUAGGCCCUGAAAUCAGGAAGGGCUGAAUUCAAAUCAAAUACUUACUAAAUUUGUGGCCCAAAACAAGUCACUUAACCUCUAUUUGUUUCAGUUUCUCCAUCUUUAAAAUGGCAAUAACAUUAUUUGCCUCUCAGGGUUAUUGUGAAGAUCAAAUGAUUAAUAAUUGUAAAAAAAAGUGCACAUAGUAGGCAUUAUAUAAGGGCUUAUUCUCCUCUCACUCUUCUUAAUUUUUUUUCCAUUUGAAUUAACUUUAAGAUUUUAUAUAUGUAUUCAUAUACACAUAUGUAUCUAUAUAUUAGUGUAUAUAUGCAUACUGUUUCAUUGGCUAAGUAAAAUUUAAUUAUUUUUAAUUUAAUAUAAUUAUUUUUCUUUUAUUAUUAAUUAAUUUAAUUAUUUAUCUCUUUUUUUCUAUUACCAUGCCAUAUUUUUUCUUCUUCUUUGUUUCAUUGGCCAUAUUUCUAAUUUUUAUAGUUUAAUUCCAUUACAUUUAUAUAUAAAAAUUUGUUUAGUUAUUCCAUAACCUUUAGAAAGCCUGACCUGGGAUGAGGGAGGAAAUAGUAACUCAAGUUAUUAUAAAUAAAAAAUAAGUUGGAUUGACAAUGAAAAGAGAGGAAACAACAAUAUUAGUUAUAAUAAUAUGAUAAUAAUUGGAAUACAUAAUUUGAUAUAAGAAAAACUGAGAAUUUAAAUGAAAUUAUUAACCACCUAAAAUAUAAAAUACUAACAUUAAUAAAAGAAACAAGAGAUCAUUUCCUUUAAUCCAUUCUGAAACUUUGUAUAGAUAAAUUCAGCCCAUUUAAACUUAAGAUUUAAAAUUCCAAACUUCAGUCCUCCUUUUAAUUUUGUUAAUUGUUCUUGCAACAGUGAAUAUAAUCUCCUUUAUUUCAUUGGCAUCACUUCUAACCUUAGAUCUUGCACAGAAACUCCAUACUCUUUUUUAUGAGUCCUCCCUAGGUUUAUUGAAAUGAUCUUUUUAAAUCUUCACUAUACUGUGCUCCAAUCUCCAAUUUCAAAUUAUAGUUUAGGGAUUAACCAUUGUAUCCCACCCUUCCUAACACUUCAUUAGUUGGAAAUUCACCUAAAGUGCCCAUACUUAGGGUACAACAGUCCAUUUAUUCCUCUCAAAAACCUCCCCAUCCCACUAUUCUUUUCCAGUAAGAAUUCAAAAAGAUGUUCACACUGAACUGAAUCAAACAAUUAAAUUUAAAAUCUUAUGCUUAAGUUUUAAAAACUCACAGGCAAAAUAUGAAAGAGGCAUAGAGAGAUAGGAAAUCAUCUGAAAAAGAUUGUAGAGAGGGUGGGGGAAGAAUUGAUCAUUUUUGAUCCUCUUCCAUGCAUUUAGUAGUAAAUUCCUACUGUUAAAAGUAUUUUUAUUAAGUUCACUCUGCCUUGUUAAGAGAAGAAGUUCUAUGUUAAAGGAAGUUUUAUUAAUAUCACUUUGUCUCUUUAAGAGGCAGAGCAGAGAGCUCUUGGCCUCCAUCUCUUUAAGAGACCAACCAUAAAAGGAAAGAAAAGUUAAGCAACUCCAUUUUCUCUGACUUUCUUGGGAGCAGGGUUUCUGAGUGAUUCUCUCAGACAUGAAGAUUUGACAGUUACUUUGAGAGAGUUACUUUUGAGAGUUUGAAAUACACAUAAGAAUUUGAGAAAGAGUCUGAUUUACUGAGAGCUUUUCUCCCUCGUUCCUUUAGGGAGAAGAAGCUGUUGGAGGGUCCUUCUCUUUUGCUUCAGAGAAGGCAGGGUCUGCAUUAGUGUCCCUCUGUCAAGAGAUUCUGACAAUUAUUUCUGACAGUCUGUUUCCACAUACUGGGUUGGAGAAAUUAAAGACAUUAAUUAAAGUUCAUCAAUUAGUUAAAGAUAGAUAGUGAAAUUUAAUAUGUUAGACAGAGUAGGACAGAAUUAGGCCUGCUUUGCCAGGCAAGAAGAUCCUGCCAAGAAAGGCAGUUAGAAGUAGGAUUCUUUAGAGAUUUUAGUAUAGGAUUUGGAUUUAAGAUAUAGUAUAAGAGUUAAGAAUUAUAAUCUCCUAUUUCCUACCUCCUAUUUCCUAUCCCUACCUCUCCUUCAAAUAAAUAAAGACACUGGUUUACUAAACUGCUCUCUGCAACUUUCAUCAAAUUCAACCAGUAAAAUUUACCUACAACAAUACCAAGUAUUUUCUCAAUUACCUUUCUGUAUUCUAUUACAUAAAAGAAUAAAUAGAUUUUUCUGCUUCCUAAAAAAUGAAAGUGCUUUGAAUCUCUUCAUUCAUUGUUUUAAUCUACUAAACUUUGACUUAACUAGGACCUAUGGUUUCCUAAUAGGUGAUUAUCAUUACAUUAUCCUGAUCACCCUCCUCUAGAUACUCUCUAAAUUCACAAUGUCCUUCCUAAAGUACAAUGUCUAGAACUGAAUAAAACAUUCUAGAUGGGG